AUGGUGAACUUCACCGCCUGCAAAAUCGCCUUCGAAACCAACGCCACAAACCUAGAACUCUACAGCUACACCGGCCUCACCCCCAACCUCCCCCUCGGCCCCGGCAGGUCAUACCUCAUCAGCGAGCACGGAUGCCGCACCCUCUGCGGAACAGGCGCGGAGAUUUACCCAUGGGCGACGGCGGCUAACACCAUCACGACAUGGGUCCUCCCGAUCAUUGGCCUCUUGCUGCAGGCACCCUUCGAGAGUAACCAGGUCGCAAAGACAUUCCUGGCGACGUGCCGAUGGAUCGGGGCGCCCAUAGCCUCGUUGUCGUAUAUUUUCUGGAACAUCAAGAUCACGGGCAAGUGCGCGAUCACGGUCGAUAUGGCGGUCGACUACAAUGCCUUCCCGGGGCCGGGAUCGGAGUUUAGUCAGUUACGUGACUCGUUCUAUAUCCUCAGCGUGAUGAACCAGUAUGCGCUGAGCGCUGAGCUGGAUCGUGCGGGCCCGAGUUCGACGGAGCGGUUUCUGCGCGUGGCGCUGUUUGAUAAUGAUUUGGCGUUGGCGAAUCCGAGAAAGGGGAUGGUGCAUAGGAGGGAGAAGUUGGCGUGGUCGUUGAGGAGCGGGAGGAAGAGGGGGGUGGUGCCGAUUUUUAUAUCAACGUUGUGGUUUUUGUUGUCGUUGGCUAUUUCGAUACAUGCAGCCUUCGGCAGCCUCGGAGUCAAUGCCACCGCCCAUAACCUAGCCAUCGGGCUACUACUCGGCUGGCUACCGGUUCUGACCCUCAGCAGCAUCACCGACCGCAGCCCGGGCUCCGCCGACGACGUCCGCCGCAAACUCAACCGCUUCCUCGCCCACAUCCACCAAGGCCUGCAGGCCGACACCACCAACCCACGCUACAAAGGCAUCCAGCUCCCCUCGUCCUCCGACAACCACGACUACUUCACCUCCUUCUGUGGCCAGGCGCGCUCGCGCUGGCACUACGGCAUCGCGCACGCCAUCCUCACCGGCACCGAAGACGCCUUCGCCGCCGCCCACGGCCGCAACUGGACCGCCCACCACAACGCCCGCACCAUCCUCAUCUGCGCGCCCCCCGCAACGCGCCACAACAACAUCUGGUUCGACUUCCGCGAGCUCUGGCAGAUCAUGGGCGCCACCGCGCUCGUCGGCUGCUCCGUCUUCGGCUCCUUCAUCAUCUCGUACUUCACGCCCACCGUCGGCCUCGGCUGCCGCAGCGGCGGCUACCUCAUCUUCUUCAUCAUCACGCUGGCGCACUUCCUCGCCGAGUCGGCCGUGUGGUGGGUCUUCCCGCGGCCGUCGCGCACCCGCGACAGGAUCGGCUGGGCGUUUACGCUGAUGGAGAUGGCGAAUACCGUGUGGCUUAUCUACAUUCUCAGCGCGCAGACGUUCGGGCUGUACCAGACGUGCGCGUGCUGGUCCAGCUCGUGGGGCAGCGGGAGCGGCGGCGGGUAUAUCAAUUUCGGCACGUCGGCGUACUAUAAGGCGCACAUCAUCGCUGUGUAUUGGACCACGGGGACGAUAUUGUCGUCGCUGGCGAUGGGCGCAGGGUUUCUGUAUGUGGUGGCUGAGUGGUGCACGCAGAGCCACAUGUGGACGGAGGACUAUGGGGAUGCGAUGGCGGGCCUGAAGGCUACGAGGAGGUUUAAGAAAUAUACGAGCUGGUUUCGGUGUGUGCCGGAUUGGGUUAUUGUCAAGUUUAAGACUCACAGGCCACGGUGUUUGGGGGAGAAGAAGGGGAGGAGGAGCUUGGUGUGGAGGUGGAAGACGUUGCCGACGUAG